CGCCAUGACGCACCGUGUGCGUCAAAUACGGAUGUAAACACUCCUCGGUUCACGUGGAGGGAAAACCGUUCUCUUAAAAUAUCGAUGGGGUAAACCAAAACCGACGAUGGCACCGAUGCUGGAGCGUUUUGUCAGCCCGGGAAAAGGUAACGGUCUACGGACGACAACCAGGAUCAAGAGAGGAGAGCUGGUGUACUCUGCCGAGCCGCUAGCGUGCUGUGUGUCCAACAAACUGGCCAGAGAUGUCUGCCACCACUGCUUCACACGACCUGAGAACUUGUUACGGUGUUCCCAGUGCAAGAUGGCUCGCUACUGCAAUAUCACUUGCCAGAAACAAGCAUGGUCUAGCCAUAAGAGAGAGUGCAAAUGUCUGCAAAGCCUCCUACCCAGAAUUCCCACUGACUCAGUUCGUCUGGCUGCGAGACUCAUCUUUGCCUUGUUAAGUCCAUCUAAGAGCAGUAAUGAGGAGCUCUACACUUUGGAGGAGCAUGAAUCACACCUAAAUUCCAUGUCUGAGCAGAAGAAACAAGGUCUGUCUCAGUUGGCAUCCAUGUUAGAACUGUACCUACAACAGGAAGUACCUGACCUGGCACAGGAAGUACUGCCACCUUCUUGCCGAGAACCCCUAAGCCUUCUUGCAAAGGUGACAUGUAAUUGUUUCACCAUCAGUGACGGAGAGCUGCAAGAGAUUGGAGUUGGGCUGUAUCCUAGUUUAUCUCUGCUAAACCAUGACUGUAGGCCAAACUGUGUGAUGGUGUUUGUCGGAGCAAAACUGCAGCUCAGAGCUGUUCGAGAUAUCAACCCCGAAGAGGAGCUUACUAUAAGUUACAUUGAGACUUUGUCAUUGACUGAAGAUCGACAGAGACAGCUGGAGGACCAGUACCAUUUUACAUGCCACUGCCAGCAUUGCGACUUUCAAGACAAAGACGGACUCAUGCUGUCAGGGAGAGAAUCAACAUGGCGCCCACUGAAGGAGGCUCUACCCAGACUUGAAGGACUGAAAGCAGAGUUGGAUUGGCAAGCACUAUUACAGGGCUGUAGUCAUCUACUAUCGACUGUCGGCAGUGACGUGCCCAAUCAAAAUCUUUACAAACUCCAAAUGACAGACAUGGCUCUAGAUGCUUGCAUUCACCUGGGACACUGGGAGGAAGCUGCGGAAUAUGGGGAGAAAACCCUUCAAGUCUACAGCCAAUACUACCCUGAUCCCCAUCCGGUCCAUGGGGUCCAGCUGAUGAGAGUUGGAAAGCUGCAACAUUACCUGGAACAUAUUGAGGACGCUUUGGACACAUUCAAACAGGCCUAUCAGGUCAUAAAGCCCACCCACGGUGACAAUCACCCCAUGACCACCGACCUGUUGACGAGGAUGGAGGAAUGUCGUACCGAGAUGGUUCAACAGUCAUCCAGCAAGCAAUGAGACACGAGCGCAAAGACAAAAAACUUCUACUGGACUCGCAACUGUACAUUGAACUUAGUGGACUAAUUUCACUUCCAUUUUCAUACAGUCUUUCAUUUAUUUGACAAAAUUACAGUACAGAGUACAGUAGUAAAAAAAAGACUAGCGUAGCAGACAUCAUCAGGGAUAAUGCGUCAAAAUCCAGGACUUAUUUCUGUCAUGGUCCCUGAUGUUCCUGUCAAACCUUGCCACAACAAGACGGAGACACACAACCACAUGUCACAUCCCAACACAACCAUACCAGUCCCUUGAUAUUUUAGUGUAUCAAUCAGUCCCAAUAAUCAAAUUAAUGAGAGAAAUUAGAGAAAUAUACAUUUUGCCUACUGUAAUUGUACUUUCAUCUGAUGAAUGUAUUGAAUUGAAAUCGGUAUAUUCACAGACUGAUUUGUCUUUUUGUAACAUAGUUAAUCAGGAAUUGUCUUGCUUUGACAAUAAUUGAAUGUAUUGAAUUGAAAUCAGUACAUUCACAAACUUAUUUUUCUUUUUCUUGCAGGAUUGUCUUGCUUUGACAUUUAUUUUGCAUUUUGUAAAAGCUGAAUGAAAUUAGUUAAGAUUUGUUCUACCCAGUUAAACAAGACAAACGUCUACAGCCACACUAGUGGCUCUGUGAGGCGGUACCUACUGUAGGCACAGGGGUGCUUUGAACUGGAAGCUAGUUUAGAUGCUAAUAUUUGGUGAUUAGCACUAAACACAAAGGAAAUCUGAGGCUGAUGGGAAUGUCUGUUUUUUGAAAAUUUUGCAGGUCAUUAACUUUAGUAUAGGAUUGGAAUAUGAUGAUCCUGGCACAGUAACGGGGAGCGUUGUCUACUUUAUCCACUAAAAAUCCCUUUAAAGGAAUAAUUCAACAUUUUGUGCUUGCUGAUAUUUGCAUUCUUUUUUAAGAGUAAGAUUAAUAUAAAUAUCAUGUUUGUGCAUUACUACAGAGCUAGAACUGGGAGGUUAAUAGCCAAGCUUAGCAUGCAGUAAAGACUGGAAGUUUGGAAAGCAGCCUGGCUUUGUCCACAGUUAAAAAUAUGCCUACUAAUUAACACAAUGUAUAAUUUUUUUAUUCUGCACCUAAAGAUACUUAGAAAUA